CGUGUGUUCUCGCGAUAUUUACUGAUGAACGUAACGCACGUAGACAGGGUGGAAAUACAAUGUAGCUAGAUAACCGCUUUCAUUUGAAUUCAUUUCUGUUUUUGAAAAGAAGCUUUAAAAACGUUGAGAAAUCCAGUCAAAAGUGCAGGUCUGGCUGAAGCAGGAACCAUCCCACUACCUCAGCUAUAAGCAGUCACCAUGGAGGGCUGUCAAAUGUCCUGCUCGUUUUAUGGGUGCAAGAGGACCUACAAUAGUCCAGAAGCACUGAAAAAUCAUCUUCAGGACCAUCAAAAGAACACUGCCCAGUCUCUUCCAGGUAUAACUAACCCCAUACUUGCAGGGCCUGCAACUGUGCCCCUUGCCAUUCUAAAUCCUGCUUCAACCCAAAAUCUUCCUUGCCAACCAGAAUCUCCCUACAGCUCCUUUCCACCCACUCUGUCUCCUGUUAACCCAGCCUUUCAGGCAGAUCUGGGCCUACAGCAGCAGCAGAGGUCUCCUAGGUCUGGUCCUCCCAGUCUGCCCGCUUCACCGCCGCUGCCAUCAUCACCGGGAUCAAACGCAGUCUGGAGGAAGAACCAAGGUCAGUCCUUCAACUGCCGCAUCCUGUGGGAGCACACAAGAGGUCGGUACAGUUGCCUACAAUGUGGCCACUGCACCCCAGACCGGGGAGAGAUGACCGCUCACAUUGAGGGCCAGCACAAGAACCCAGGGGGCAAAGUGAACAGUGAUCAUGAUACAGAGAUUGGCACCGCAUCUUUACUGGCUAAGACUUCACUGCAGUCUGAGAACUCAACUUAUACACAGCUCUAACAUGAAAUGAGAUGCUAAACCUGCUGAUUGACAAAGAACUGUUGUAGUAGCAUUUUAUACAGAGGGAGAAACUCAAUGUUUUCAUUUCACAGACAGUGUGGACUUCAAGCAUCUGUGGUCUGGAUCUGUCCAUAUCACUAUUCAAACGCAUGAAGUGCUGCAUGCCUUGUCUUCAGUAAGCAUUUAUGAGUCAUCUAGACUAAAAAAAUGUCUUGUUAGGUUUCAAGUAAUAUGGAAUGGCAUAUAAAUAAACUCAGUAAUAUUAUGUCACCUACGUUUUUAUUUGACCUUUUUGCAGUAUCUCCAUUAGAGAACAGUAUUCAAGAGUGAACAAUUUAGUUUUUUUG